AUGCCAAAUCCCAAUUUAAGGUAUUUCCCGUUCAGCAGCGCGCAGACGACAACUGUGAUCCGCACCGUACAUCAGGCCCCCAAUCCUCAAAUGACUACGCGUGGUGUCAAAAGGCGGCGAGCGUCGAUAGCAUGUCUUCCAUGCAGGAAGCGAAAAGUACGAUGCAACGUGAUCGAAAGCGAAGGGAGUUGUCGAAACUGCCGCUUAGACGGCCACAUGUCGAAAGAGACGAGAGUUCUGGUGAUGAAAGACCUAGAGGCAUCUUCAGCUGAAAUCUACCGACCCAUUUCACCAUCUCAAUACCUUGAUCUUGACCAGAAUCAACAUAUAUUGCCCACGCUGUGUCCCGUUGCUGCAGCUACAGAUGCAUAUUCUACUCCAGAGACAGAAAAUAGUGUGCCUCUUACUGAUUAUGGCAACAAAUCACCAACUCCUCCAGCCGAUGAUACCUGGUCCAAGUCACAGAGACCUGCCCCCAGGCUAUCGACCCAUGCUGAGCGCGAACUAUUGAGCGACGACAACAUUCCAAGCUCUUGCCAGGCCAGGCUUCCCAAACGAAGACAGAAGUUCCCUUGGAUUACAGGAGGUUUUAUGCUCUUCCCGUUCUAUCACUUCAUCAAGCAUCCUUCAUCUCGGGAGGUAGAUUCAGGAGUGGCUAGAUUGUUAGAACAGCGAGGGUGUCUUCAUGUGCCCACCAAGCCUAUACUUGAGGAGUUCGUGAAUAAUUACUUCUUAUACUUCCAUCCGCUUGUUCCUCUACUCGAUGAACAGAGAUUUUGGGCGUCAUAUAGUGAGCAAGCUGACAGCAACGGAUAUGUCUCUCUGUUCGUCCUGCAGGCGAUGCUUUUUGUAUCCAGCCCGACACUCUUCGAUCUUCAAUCUACCCUCGGCGACCAAGACAGGGCCCAGGGGGCUAUAAUGCUAACAUACCGCACGAUAAGCUUCAUGGAUAAGAAGCCGUUGUACUGGCUCAGUAUCGCUACACACUACGCUAAGAGUGCAGAUACUCAUCGGCAUCAGGAGAAACAAGACACCCGUGAGGGAGCUUUGCUCAAACGUCUAUGGUGGUGCUGUGUUCUCCGCGAUCGAAUCCUGGCUUUGGCACUUCGCCAGUCACCGCUCCUUAGUCCCACUGCAUAUAACUGCCCGGAACUGUCAGCCACAGACUUUGCUCAUGAAAUUGGGACAUCUCUAGUAUACGACGGCAUUGUAAAACGCCUCAUAGUGCAGAUUGCUAUAGCCCUUGGUGAUUUGGGCACUCUACUAAGUGAAAUACCUCCCGCGCCUUCUUUGGCAAAGGUGCUUGAUGACAGCGCUGCAAAAGCAUCACUCUAUAAUCACACAUUACUCAGCAGGGAUUUUCUCGAGGGAGAACAGCUUGACGAUCCGCCAAAUGCAAGAAUUGUUGCGCAUAAAAGUCUCGGCUGCUGUUUGCGCAGUAUUACAGAGAACAUGAUAGAACUCAAAGAUUCGGGUUUGGUUCAAUACCUCCCAGUGACCUUCAUCAGCUUUGCAGCAACUCCAUUUAUCUGGUAUUUAUUACAAUCUCAUAUUCAGAAUUCAGACGGUGACACACAACGGGAUCUGGAUGCGCACCUCGAUGUCAUGAACCAAUUCAAUCAUCUUUACGACAAUGCGACAAGCACCAUAAAGUACAUCCGAGGCAUCGUGGAGCAUAUCAAGAUUAGUGUACCGCUACCGACCUAUACUGCCUCUUCUCAUGGUGCUGAUGAGCAUGUGGUGCGACCAGCCACGUUGAUUGAAGAAUCUUGGAGCAGUGAUACUUGGACAGAUAUGCUCUUGAAGGAUCCACGGAUGUAUCUCCGCAUCGCCUUGGCGGUUGAAUUCUCGCUUGCCCGCGCUUACACUAAGAAUUACUGCUGGCUCACAUACCUAUCUGUCAGAGCUGCAGAUACAAUGCCUUCGCAACCUCCCUCUUCCCAGCUGAGCGGUGACCCGUCCAACCGGGCAACAGCAUCGUCAGCAAAACGAAGCGCCCCUUGCGAUGGCCAGCGCCCGUGGAAGAGACGCUCAUCCAAGGCCUGUCUAUCAUGCCGAAACCGUAAAGUUCGUUGCGACGUCACCGAUGGAGGUGUUCCUUGCACGAAUUGUCGACUUGACAGCAUCAAUUGCGUUCUGAAAGAGUCAAAUCGGGGUCGGAGACCUACCGCCGCCUCUUGCCAGCGUCGCCGCAACUCGAACCCGCCCGCUGCUCGCGACGGCUCUUCUGGUUCGCCCCCACCGAUAUUUGUGACCUCACGUCUAGCUGCUGCAGUACCGGAGUCUCUUGAGCCAGAAGAGAUAUCUGAACCCGAUGAACCCGACGCUGAGGCAGAAAUUGAGCCAGAGGAUGAAGACCCCCGGUCUCGUUCUCAACCACUCAAUGCGACCGAAAUUUCUGUAUUCGACCAGCAACAGCAACCCGCUGACGGAGAGCCCAUGGAUGAAAUCCACGUUCAGGUCCAUGACGACCAGCCGUCAAACACAGAACCGCCUGCGCCCAUGCAAGGCGUGAACCUCGACGCUCCAUUCGACUAUGUAGAAGAGAUGAGAACCUCCAGUGGACCUUUUGCACCAUCCCAGCCGGAAAGAAUCACAACAUCAUUACCAGCUUUCAUCCGACCCCCUCCUCAACACCUAGAUAAUAGAGAUAUGUACUAUUUAUCACAUAAACUGUGCUUGUCGAUUCCAGAUCCAGAGUUUAGAGAUGAACUGCUACGUGUUUACAUCACAGUGGUUCAUUCCUUCUUGCCAAUCCUCGAUAUCGAAGAAUAUGUUGGCGCUAUCCUUCACAACAACGGCCGUAACCCCAUCAGCCUUCUGCUAUUCCAAGCAGUCAAUUUUGUCAGCGUCACUUUUGUGAACCUCAAGACUCUGCAUUCAAGAGGUUAUGCUUCACGACUAGCGGCUAGAAAAGACUUUUACGACCGUGUCAGGAUUCUCUACAGUUUAAAUUAUGAGUCGGAUCGGAUGGCGUUGAUUCAGUCUCUUCUGCUGUUGAGUCACUGGUAUGAUUGCCCAGACGAUGACAAGGAUACGUGGCAUUGGAUGGGUAUCGCCUUGACAAAUGCCCAAGUUGGGGGCUUGCAUCGAGAUCCCGAACACCUGAAAAUAUCGCAACAAGAGAAGAAGCUCCGUCGAAGGUUAUGGUGGUGCUGUUUGAUGAGGGACCGUUUACUGGCCCUUGGAUUACGGAAUCCGCCGCGUCUAAGAGAGGAUGAUUACAACGUCAAGCCGCUCACCUUGGACGACUUUGACUUCAGCUCCCCAUCGACAAACCUGGAUAGAUUGUUCCAGGACUUGAAGGCCACAUAUCCAAACUCAGAAAAGAGACAAAGUCUGGCUGUAAUGUGCAUUGAACUAAGUAGUCUAUGCGUCUACAUUGGACGUACUCUCAACACCUUGUACACGGUUAUGGGCAAUUACCUCGGAGGGGUUGAAUACAGUCAAGAAUCGACUGGGCGGCCCGAUAGAUCCCCAGAGCAAGCCAAAUCACUUUCUGAACGCAGUACCGAGCUCAAAGGUUGGCUUGAGAGUCAGAACAUCCACUCUCGUUACACUGCCAAGACCGGAUCACGGCCGCCUGUUACUAAUACGACCGACGACCUACAUGCUGAUGAGAUAUUGCGACUUCACCAAGCCCAGCUUCGAAUGGUCUACCUAACCGCACUGGGUGCUCUCCAUAGGCCGCAGGUCUUCUGCUUCGGCUCCAACAACGAUGGCGCGAGAAAUGAUGGCAGCACAGUAUCGAGGGGAAAUGUAACGGACACAGCAGUCGAGAUGACCAGAUUGGCCUUCAACCUACAGCGGGAUAACCAACUGCGUUUCCUACCGACCCUUGCCGUUCCAGCCUAUCUCGCUGUCACUCUUGUCCAUCUCUUCAACACAUGCUCAGACGACGAAGAAGCCCGGAGUCUCAGUCUCGGACGCCUCUACCAGUGCGUAAACGUCCUUCAGCAGCUACAAGAGAUGUAUACAUCUGCGGACUACGCCAUGCAAUUUCUCAACUCGAUACUAAAGAACACUGGUCUUCACGUUCCCUGGACUUUACCAACCGGGGGAAGCAAGUUUGGAGAACGCGAAAACGCGGCGUAUAAGCCUCGGCUAGAUAUGGGACCUAACACCGUUGCGGCAAGUUGCAUGUAUCCGAGCCCGAGCACCUCGGGCAACUGGAACCAAGACUCUGCGGCAGAGGAGCCGGGCUUAGGUCAAGACGAUAGCAGUCGGACAGUUACAGUGGCCCAACAGCCACGAGUACCGAUGGUAUUUCCAAAUAUGGUAAUGGAAAGCUGGACUACUACCGACAUGAGUGAUCUUUUGGCCGGGUCGCCAUUCCCAGGGUCUUGGUGCGAUGUUGAGACACUGUUGCCAACUCUUCUCAACACUGAAGGCGAUGCAGACAGUCUAAUGACUGUGAACAUAUCGAACUUUAUAUGAUAUAGUUUUCCUUCGUUGAUACUAUUGGCUUGUGCCGACGUGGCUCUGGAAAUGAACCUGAGUUAAAGUUUAGAAUCCAC